GUUAGUUGUUUAGACAAUUUCCUUGCGGCAUGGGCAACUUGUUUUAACGAGUUUAAAAUCAAGGUGACAGGUUGAGAUUAUUGUUUUUCCUUGGAAACAGUUAUUGUACACAAAAGAAACGAAAAACUGAUUUAAAGAGCAAUGAGAAGACGAUGGCUGGUGCUAUUAAGUGGAAAAUAAGAAAUGUUAUACUUGGAGUACUAGCAGGAAGUAUCUGUUUGUAUACAUAUUUUUACUUUACAAGAUGUGCACUAAUUUUAUGGCGAGAUUGGUUAGGAAUGAACCGACAAAAAUUCUUGUGCAUAGACUUUCACGGUGGGAUGGCCAACCAAAUGUUUAUGUAUGCAUUUGGUCUUAGUAUGUCAAUGCAGAGGAAUCUUCAAUAUAUUGUACCGAAAGGUAUGAUGCUUACUGAGAUUUUCAAUAUCAAGCCAAACACGUUUAAAGAUUAUGGUUACCACAGUGGAUCAUGUUUUUGCACCCAUCGAAAAGAAGACACUCUCGAUUGUGGUUAUGAUAGCAGCUUUGAAAAAUUACCUUCUGAGGAUCUUUCAUUUUUAGGCUAUUUUCAGUCAUGGAAAUACUGGAUACAAUAUGAAAAUGACGUUAGAAAAGCGUUUACAUUUAAGCCAUGGAUAUCGGAAAUGGCUGAUAAGCAAAUACGUAAUAUAAUGACCAAAAGAAAUGUCUCCUACAAUGAUGGGAUAACAUUGGUUGGGGUUCAUGUCCGAAAUGGUGAUUAUUCAAAAAAACAUUUCGCCAAAUUUGGAUACAAAUUAGCUCCCGCAAGUUAUUUGAAAAAUGCCUUGGAUUUUUUCAGGAAUCGUUUUGAUAAAGUUUUAUUUAUUGUUUGCACUAAUGAUUUAAACUGGACCUCCCAGAUUAUUGGAAAAGAAAAGGAUAUUUACUUAACACCAGCUGGCAAUCCAGCGUCUGUAGAUAUGGCGCUACUGUCAUUGACAAAUCACACAGUUAUGACUGUAGGGACAUAUGGUUGGUUCAUAGCUUGGUUGACAAGGGGAAUUACUAUUCAUUACAAAUAUCCCUAUGUCAAUGGAUCUGGUUUUUCUAAACAAUUCCAUUCCAAUUAUUCGGAUCAUUUCUAUCCUGGAUGGAUUGCAAUGGAAUGAACAUAUGAGAUUAAUUAAUGGUAUUUAAGAUUUGAUGAUAAAAGGAAUUGAAUUUAAUCAUUGUAGUCCAAAAAUAUGAUGUUUUUUAUGUCCAUAGUUAUAUCAUAACAUAUUAAUUUUUAUUAUCAGAUAACAUUAGUAUUCCAAUAAUCAAAGUUCAUCAUUUUAUACAGCUUUAUAUGCAUACCAUAACAGCAUUAAAACCUGAGAUUGUUGAAUAGAAGCACUCAGGGUUAAAACAUUGUAAUUGUAAGUAAUAGUAUACACUAUAGCUAUACAAACAGCUCAUGUUGAUUUAGUUGUUUCCACCUACCCAUCAUGUUCAGCCCACACCUGUCAUCUCCAAUUCCACUUUCAUUUAAAAAUGUUGAAUUCAGAAAAGCUUUAAUUUUACAUUUUGAAAAAUAUUGAUUUCAAAAGCGCCUCAUAUUCUCAAAGAAUAGUAUAUUAAACUGUUUGUAUGAAAGAAAUGAAAUGACAUAUUCAAUCUGUAGGUUUGGCAAGGAGGACAGACUGGAUGUAUGCCCACUCUUUGUCUACCUCCACCGUGGAAUGGUGAACAAAUAAUAAUCCACCUGAGCUGUACUGUACCAAAUGGGGUCACCUUGCUUCAUUUUACCAAGGUCGUAACUUUACAUCCCACCACCUAAGUGGGAGUAUCCAUCAGAGAGAAUUUUUUAGUAGUAUAUUUGCUGAAGAAACUAUUUCUCUUUAAUCUUUGAUAUUCAUUCAGUAAUUUUGAUUUAGCAGGUAAAUUAUAAUCAAUGUUUUAGAAAUUGGACUAAAGAAGACAUUGACAAAAUCAUGAAGACAUUGACAAAAUCAUGAAGACAUUGACAAAAUUAAGAAGAAACAUUUAUCAAAUCCCUAUUGACAACACAUCACAAGAUUUGCAAACAAAAUUGGGAAUUUAUUUUCUGUAAAUUUUUUAAAAUAAUGGAUCACUAUGGAGAUGAUGUUGAUGAUGGAUGGCUGCUUAAUGUCCAGUGGCAAAUUAAUAUGCAUAUUCAGGAUGAGAACAUAUUAAUAUAAUAUGUAUAUUUACCCUGCUUUGUACUAGACCGACACACUGAUCCAGAUUUUUAACGUAAUAGUCCACAUGUUAACAACCUGCAGGAAGACAUGUCACCUUACCCGUACACAUUAUUCUGAUUCCGAAUCGACCAGUCUUUGCUCUUACUCCUUAAUGCCACAUGCUUAGCAGAGAAGCAGCAAAUGCCAAUUUGUAGGGUAGGCAAGGAGGACGACCUGCGGGCACCUGGAGAUUUGUCACCAAUAUUCAUACAUGGUGAUGAGUCCUCAGGACAUGUAAAAUAUUACAUUUGCAUUUAUUUUUUUAAUCUAUUUGAUUACAUACAUGUAUGAUUCAUUCCAAUUCAUUUAUAUAAUCAUAUUUUUGCUGAAGUUGUUAUUUGGCAUUGAUUAUUAUGUUUAAAACUUGAAAUUAAAAAGUAUCUUUUGUGUUAUAUAGAUUUUUUAUAUUGCAUGAAAUAUAAUCAUAUGGUAGCAGUGCAGUUCAUUUAAACAUGUAAAUAAUAUACUCCCACAUAUUUACACGAGUAAAUCAGCAAUACUUAUUAAGUUGUUGUAGAAAAAUACUGUAAGCCAUGAAAAUUAGAAUUGUUUAAUUGAUAUAAAUUGUAUAUGUUUUAUUUCAAAUUCACCAUGUUCACUGUUCUAUGUAAUUAUUACAGGAACUAUCAGUUUUUAGAAAGGUAUUUUCAUUUUGCUUUGAAAAUAAGUUUUGAUGUUCUAUCUUUUAAUUUUGGGUUAUCAAUGCUCUUCAACUUCGAGCCACUGUUGAGUCUUUUGUAGUCAAAACACGUGUCUGGAGAAUAAAAUUUUAAGUCUGGAAUUUAUGAUAAGUUUAUUUAUGAACUAUAUUUUAAGCCUCACUGUCAGUGGUAGUACUUAAUUUAAUUUAUUUUGUUUAUUUACAAUUAAUUUAUACAUUUUGAUUUAUUUGUUUAAUAUAAACUGUCUCAUGGAAGUGUCCUUAUAAUUGUGUUGACUAAGGUUAUUGAUGGCAAUGUCAAUUUUUCAGUACAUGUACUUGGUAUAUUGUUGUAUUAUUAAAGGAAAAUGUUUAUAGUAUCAUCAGGGGUAUCCGUGUUACUAAUAAGAAACAAUAUUAAGUCUGAGAUUUUAAUUGAAAAAAAAUUCUUUCUGAACUGACCCGUAAUUUUUUUUAAAAGUAUAUAACCUUUAAAAAUAGACUUAAAAAGAGUGUGAUUUCUUCUGCUUUUAUAUAAAAAUAUAAAAGGAGGCCUAUAAGCCCUGAGGACUGAUAUUGGUUGAUAGUUAAUUCAUCAUAUAAUAUUGACAAGUAUUGUUUAGGCACCCUGUAUUUGAUCUAUAGGUAUGUUAUGUAAUGCAAAGUUGACCUUGGAUGGAUUUGGCUAUUAUUUUAGGUUCUUUUGAUCAAAUAGCCUUUCAAAUGUUGUACUGCUUCAAUUUGUGAUAAAUUGGUUGUAUUUCUUGUUAAGGCCAAAUAUACUGAUAUACAUUGUAUUUCCUUUUAGUUCUUUUAAGAAUUUAUAGAGAGAAAUGUGAGCGUUUUUUUUUAUCCUAAACAAUUAGAAAUCCAAAAAUGUAUAUAAUUCUUUGUUUCACUAGAAAUCCAAAUCUUUUUUAGGAGUAAAUUAUUCAGACAGUCAUGGUAUAGCCGACUAUAUGGUAUGGGUUUUUCUCAUUAUUGAAGGCCUUACGGUUGCCUAUAAUUGCUUACAAUGUACAUCCGCUUUAUUUGAAGUUUGGUGGAUAGCUGUCUCAUUGGCAAUCAUACCUCAUCUUAUUUUUAUAUGUAUAUACCACACAGAUAUUGACCAAAACAAAAAUUGAUGAUUAUUUUUUUUUUCCAGAGGUAAAUUACAAAUCAUGUGAUUUUAUACCACAAAUAUAUCUAACUGAAAAGUGUACACAUUUUUCUGUUUCAUGUUAUAUAUAUGCAAUGUGUAUCUACUCUGUCUCAUACAUGCUUAACUAUUUGCUCAAUACUGGUAUUUUGUUUACAUUGUUACUAUAUAAUACUAAGGUUUUUAGUAAUAAAACUUGUUUACAUGAACAUUAUUAUCAUUCCAGAGAUAUUUUAUAUGUAUAUUAUAUACUUGUACUUACUCAGUCUGAGAUUCCCUUUGCAUAAUAUAUACUGUCAAUUUAUAAAUGUUUAUAAUUUUUACAAAAUUUAUGCAAAAACAUGGUAUUGUAUUAAUUAGAAACUGCAUUAAAAUUCUUAUUGCAUUAUUUGUAAGCAACAAUUUCUGAAAUCCCAUUUUUCACCCUUGUUUUUUUAUCAGUUGAUCAACAAUAACAUUAAUAUAUGCAUGCAAUAAUUUCCAAGUUUACAGUAAGUUAUUUGAUAUUCAUAAUUAUUUUGCAGUAUUCCAUUUUCCUUUUUUUUAGUCUUACAUGUUCAUAUGUUGCCAAUUUAAACUUAGCUUUAGCAUUUAUAUUCUUAUUAUUACUAACAUUUAAUUGUGCAUGUGGGUUCCCAUUAUAUUUAUUUUAUGUAUUAUAGGUUUAUUGCAUGAAUGCCUUUUUUGUUCCCUGUAUGCUUUAUAAAAUAUUCUCUUAUUGUGAAGAUAAGUAGCGGAAUUGAAUAGUUUUCCGUCUUCAACAUUUUCAUAAAUGUUUUUUAGAAAUCCACAACUUGCACAAGAUAUCCAUUAAAAACACCUUGUACUUAUUUUUCAACUGCUAAAUGAGUUAUGGCUAUUUUGUUCCCUUUUAUAGUGUCUAUGGCAGAGGCAGAUCCAGGUUAUUUUUUGUAAUUCCCGAUAAUUGAAUAUAUACCAAAAUACUGUAAAUUACAAUUUUUUGGACGAUUCAAUACUUCAAAUUUAUAAAUAAAUUGUUAAAAACAUGAAAUUUAAAAAAAAAUGGCUAUCAAAGGGGGCGUAUGCCUCCAUUGAGCCGCCCAUGUAUGGAAAAAAAUGAACAAGUUGUUGUGUACAUCAGUAAUUCCUGUCAUUGUUAUUCUUUAUUUGAUAUUAUAUUUUUACAUCAAUUUAUCUAUGCAAAAAAGUUUUUAUUUUUUGUGUUUUUGUUUCAGUUCUAUAUUAAAGAUUUAGUUUAUA